AUGCUGAGUUUUGCUUUCCUGGUAUCCUGCGCGUGUCUAGCGUACGGAUCUAAAACAACUCUCAAUGUAGUCGAGGAGUCGGAUAUUAACACCCUGAUCGGACAUACCGCUGAUGGAAUCCUACAGACCUUACCAGAAGGGGCUCAGUCUGAUCUGGUAUAUAGUAUGAUUGGGUCCGGGGAACACGCCAACCUAGUGAAACUGAACAAGCAGAAUGGAAACCUUUACACAGCGGAACUCAUUGACCGGGAAUCAACAUGUGGAAACCGUGAAACAUGCGCCAUCAACCUGAAAGUUGCCCUAUAUUCACCAAAAGCGAGUCACUUUGAGAUCGUAGAUGUGGAAAUUCAUAUUGAUGACAUUAAUGACCAUGCACCGAGAUUUUUGGAGAAUCGGAUUAAUAUCAACGUUCCGGAGUCUACCCCUGCAGGAACUGUUAUCACCACCGUGACGGCUACAGACCGGGACUCGACAGAAAAAUACCGCAAUGUAACAUAUACAGCGUCAAAUAUAGAUGUGUUCGGACUUCAAGUAACGAAAAACAAAGAAGGUGUACGAGUGGCCUCUCUUAUUCUUCUGAAAGAUCUUGAUCGUGAAACGAGAGACUCUUACAGUGUAGCUGUCAUGGCUUCUGAUGGAGGAAAGGCAUCGGAUUCCGGCAAACUUGAUAUCGAUAUCACGGUUACAGACACCAAUGACAAUAGUCCCCUGUUUGAACAUUCUAGCUACAACGUUUCAGUCCAGGAGAACGCUACAAUUGGCAUGGUUGUCCUUUCAAUACGAGCAUCAGAUGCCGAUCUCCGAGACAAUGGACGUGUUUCCUACAGGUUUUCAGGAGAAACGUCUUUCUUCGGAUUAUUUUUCAUGAUCGACGAAUCUUCCGGUGAAAUAUCCGUCAAAGAAGACUUAACCCGAGUUAGCGGAGAGACAUUCCAACUGGAAGUUAUAAGUGAAGACCACGGAAAUCAGCCGCUUGCCUCCCGAGUUAAUCUGACUGUUUCUGUCAUAGACGUUGUGAACAACGCUCCCAUGAUUGACGUUAAUAUCCUGUCACGUGGAGGAGGACAGACGAACGAUAACCUCACCGCUCUGGUGUCGGAGUCUCCGGAAACGGGAAGUGUCGUAGCGUUCAUCAUCGUCACCGACAGAGAUGUAGGCAUGAACGGCAAUGUCUCCUGCUCCAUUUCCAGUGCAGUCUUUGAACUUCAGAACGUCCCGUCUUCCGGAUAUAUUAUCGUGUCUAAAACACCACUGGACAGAGAGACUGAAGAAAGAUAUGACAUCACGGUAAUGUGUGCAGAUGCUGGAAUUCCGCCAUUGUCUUCUACUGUUAGCAUUGCAGUUCUAAUCCAAGAUAUAAAUGAUAACCCUCCAGUGUUUAGCAAGAAGUCUUACUUCACAUCAAUCGUCGAAAACAAUGCACCCGGAACAGAGUUAUUAACUGUGUCUGCUACUGAUAAAGACUUAGACGAAAAUGCCCAAAUAGAAUACUUUAUUGAGGGUAAACGAAGAGGACUCACAAUAGAUUCCAAAUCUGGUGUUCUGAGAGCAAGGACAAGCUUUGACCGUGAAAAGACCAGCGAGUAUGAGGUGACAGUAAUUGCAGUGGAUUCUGGAUGGCCUUCACUCACCGCUACAACAACUGUGUUCAUUUCUAUUCUUGACGCUAAUGACAAUGCACCAUCUUUUAAGGUUUCCCAUUUCCAGUUUUUCGUCCUCGAAAAUAUGCCAGCUGGAAUGAAGGUCGGACAAUUGAGUGCAACAGACAAAGACGUUGGUGUCAACGGUAACUUGCUGUUUUCAGUUGUUGACGGAUACAAGAAUACGAUCCCCUUUAUUGUGUUUCAAGACGGCAUCAUAAAAACUAGUGAAACAUUGGACAGAGAAGAAAAAGACAGGUACACUUUCCAAGUUAAGGUGUAUGAUUUGGGAUCUCCAUCAUUCGUCUCAACAGCAGACGUCACAGUUCGCCUAGCAGACAACAACGAUAACGCACCGGUCAUCACCUACCCCGCCAAAGAAAAUGAAACUGUUGUUGUGUUUUCUGAAAAAUCGGUUGGAUCCACAGUCGCUGUUAUUCAAGCAAAAGAUGCAGACGAAUCGGGACCAAACAGUGACCUAGAAUUCAGCAUAAUAUCAGGAAACGAUGAAGGGGUUUUUGCCGUGGAUAAUACAUUUGGUACCUUAAGGAUAAGCAAGGAAAGAAAGUUAGAAAAAGAUGAGAGCUAUUUUCUUCACAUUCGAGUUAGCGACAAAGGAUAUAACAAGAACAGUGUAGAUACGAAGUUAAAAGUUAUUUUGAAAUACGUAAACGGACUUGAAGAAUCAGGUACAGGACCAAGGAACGCUAUGGUGACAACUUCUAUCGUAGCAAUCACAGUGGUAGCGGCUGUUGUCAUAACAACCAUCCUGUGCAUUUUCAGGAGAAAUGCCCAGAAAAAGAAGAAAGAAAAACAGAAUCGAGCCCAAGCAUAUAAGCAAUCUCAGCAAGUGAUUCCAAUUGACGCCAUUGUCUACAAACCUACGACUACGAAACAGGUCACUUUCACUGAGAAGAAGGCGCCGGAAACUGUUAAUAUGACGUCAUCAACAACCGAUCACGAGGAUCUUGACAACAUGGAACUUUACAACUCCACGGGGACAUCCGUGUUCACCAAUUCUCUGAUAGAGUGCAAGAAAAUGAUGACAGAUGAAGAUAGCGAUGACUCUGACUGCAGAACCAACUGUGACAGCGGGAAAGGCGGCAGCUAUCUGGACAUUUAUAAACUAAACAGAAUGAGAAAUCUUGGAUAUUUUGGACCAAAACGGCCACCACUGGAGAAAAUGGACGUUAUGGAUAUCAUCUGA